GCGAAGCGUUACUUUCAGUCCGGUAGUCAAGUCGACGGUCCUCCGCAGAGGUCUCUCUGCUCUCCCCUCUGAGUUUAGUUCUAGGUUCAGGUGGACGCUUCGCAUCUCCGCUGUCAGGAUGUCCCCGUCCACGUCCCCCCGGUUCUUCACGGCGAGGGAGGUGGCCCGCCACUGCACUAAGGACUCCUGCUGGGUGCUGCUGGGGACCAGGGUGUACGACGUGACCGCUUUCUUGCGGAUGCACCCGGGAGGUGAGGCGCUGAUUCUCCGCCGGUCGGGCAAGGAUGUGAGCCUGGAGAUGGAGGGACCCCCACACCGGCACUCUGAGAACGCCCGGCGGUGGAUGGAGCAGUACUACAUCGGGGAGCUGGAAAGAGGCGGCGGCACCGAGGAGGCGCAGACUCUGAGGGAGAGGGGGAAGGCCAAUGGACAUACAGAAGGAAGGAUGGCAGACAAGACGACAGACAAGAAGGUGAUAGAGGAGGACGAGGACACCCCGUUCAACCGCUGCAGCUCUGUGGACCUGGACAAGGAUUUGGUGGACUGGCGGAAGCCCCUGGCUUGGCAGGUCGGCCACCUUGGAGAGAAAUACGAUGCAUGGGUUCACCAGCCAGUUGACAGACCAAUCAGACUGUUUGGAAACCCCUUCCUGGAGGCCAGCACCAAGACUUCCUGGUACUGGGUACCGGUGGUGUGGCUUCCCAUUGUGUUUUAUCUCAGUUGGCACUGCUACACCACCCUGGCAAAGGGCACCUCCAAGAUAGUCCUCACUUCAGACUUUUCUGUCCCGAUCCAUAAGUACGUUUUCCCGCCGCUCUUUUUGUCGGGCUGGUUCUUGUGGUCGUUCAUCGAGUACUGUAUCCAUCGCUUUGUCUUUCACAUGAAACCACCUGCCCAUAACUACUACCUCAUUACGCUUCACUUCCUGCUGCAUGGACAACACCACAAGUCUCCCUUUGACGGCUCUCGGCUCGUCUUCCCCCCCGGCCUGGCCUCCUUAGUGGUGGGAAGUUUCUAUAUAAUCCUCCGCAUCGUGCUGCCAGAUAUCCUGGGGAUAUGCGUGUUUGUCGGGGGUCUGUGUGGCUACGUCGUGUACGACAUGAUCCACUACUACCUUCAUUACGGCUCGCCAAAGAGAGGCUCGUAUAUGUACAGCCUGAAGGCCUACCACGUCAAACACCACUUUGAGCACCAGAGAGCAGGUUUUGGAAUCACCUCCACGUUCUGGGACCACCCCUUCAACACAGUUAUUCCAGAUGAGAAAUUCUAACGCACAAAUGGCUCUCCUGAAGGGCCGCAGGACUUAUCAACCACCCUCUUAGCAACCAGCCCUCAUGAUGUAAUCACCCCGGCACCCGUAGUUGAAUCUCUGCAGCCAUAGCUUUCACAACCAAGCAGGGAAGUCCACUUCUGAGGACUCCUGGGCCACUGCAACUAAUCCAUCCAUCCAUACUGUAACGCUUAUCAGCCUACUUUUUGAUUUCAGCCAGCAACACAUUCUUUGCCUGAGCUUGCUCAUCUGGGUGCGUACGUUUCCCCACUGUGAUCAUUUGUGCACAGUUGCGAGGCCUUUCUGUGCCAUUUUUAUAACCAAACCACCAUCUGCUGUCUCUGCGUUCUUCCCUGCACUGACCUCACCAGCCAAAUCAUCACCUGAGAGCCAUUCACAACAUCACAACGUCCAGCCAGGGGUCGGCCACGGAGAGAGGGAGAGGGACACACACACGAACCGACACACAUAUGAGCAUGUGCGCACCUUUCUAUUCUGAUCAUUAUGGUUUUAUAUAAUUUGAUGGAAUUAAAUGAUUCCUAUAUAUGCGGCUGUGGAAUGCUCUAGAGCACAUUCACAAUUACACAGAGAAAGAUGAAAAAUAAUCAAAACACUCUUUUCCUGGUUCCUUAACAUUUGCCAACAGAGUACCACAAAUGAAUGUCCACCCACAUUGACACACACACACACACACACACACACACACACACACACACAAACACACACACACACACAAACACACACUCUGUCCAAGGUUCCCUCAGAAAGGGAGAGGGAACAGAAGGUGAUAGAUGGUAGGUGAAAGUGUAAGACUGAGAAGGAAGGGAAUAUGACAGUGAAAGAAAGCGUGCGAGAGAAUAUGUGCGUACAGACUGAGUGAGAGAGAAAACCCUCAAACUGGUUAACCAACUCAGGAAAACACCUCUUUGUCCUUCCUGCACAUCAUCUGCAGCUUGAACUUUCCUCGUCACGAUCACAGCUCGGUUUACCGUCGGCCGCUAAGCUGCUCAGCUAGACUUGCGCUGCUACACGCUCCGCCAUGUUUGGUCUCACUGUAGUUUUUGGAAUCAGCUGUGAACAGAAAAUAUUUGUCAGAUAUUAGAACUUGCUGAGAUUCAUUCAACAGUUUAGAUUUAACUUAUUAAUCAUCAGCAACGCUGCAGAAUGUGGGAAUGCUAUGUACUGUUGAUGUCAUGUAAAGCAAUGUUUGAAACCACUUGAGAUAUAUUUUUGCAAAUCUGUUGUAAUAUGUCCUGUUUUUUUGUCAUUAAUAAUACAACAAAGAUGUAGAAAAAUAUUUUGUAAGAUGCUUUGUACAGAAGAGGAGAUUUCAGCAGCUUUAUGUUGUCAGAGUGAGCAGAUGUUUUUUUGAUUAAACAAUAAGAAAACGAAUGCAAUUGGUGUAAAGAUGGAUGGAUGAUAGCGUUGCCAUGGUGCUAGAGGGAUACAGCUGAGGCAUGAGGCCAGCCUAUCAGACUUCCUGCUGUGGGGAUCUCGGGGUCAAAGAUCACGCGGUCAGCUAGGUGACGAGAGGGUUUGUUUUCUCUAGAAAAAAAAUUAUUUUCAAAACUGAUUGGGCUUUCAACACAGAUUUAGCAAAACCUGGGUCUUUGGAAGAUGAAGUCUCUCAGGAUCCACCUUCAGGUCUCACUCCACCCAUUUAAAACUACUGCUUUACGUGGCCCUGAAGAUCCCCGCAGGAUGACGAUGGUUGAACCAUAUGACUGGACAGCAGGAGGUCUUGAUAGUAACUGACGGAUCCUCAAGACGUCUACUCUAAACACUCAGCAACAACAUGAUACACCUGAUAACUAAAGCAGAACAAACUUAAUUUCAGCUACUUACAGAAAUAGGUAGAGCACAGUGAGACUACAUAACAACUGCAGAAAUCGUUUUUUAAUAACCUUUCUAGUUUGAAAGAAAGAAAUACUCCCACAGGAGAGUAAAAUAAAAAUACAGUAAGAUGAUUCUAUUUGCAUCGCUUUUCUUUCUUGAAAUUCAGAGCAGCAAUAAUAAGUCUUUGGGUAAACCUUAAGAGGGCUGUGUCACUAAAGUCUCACCGGGACUUGCAGUGUUGAGCUAUAACCAAAAUGUGUCUACAGCACAGAUAACAAUUCAUAAAGAACUACCACUGUCUGUCUUAUACUGCACAGUGCAGGUAAUAAUGAGUGUUCAAGCCAUCAUGAAGAGAGAAUUAUAACUUUGAUUUAAUUACUGUGUACCACAGAUGUUGCUUCAGAAAGAACUAAAAAUGAUUUUUAAUGUCAGUAAUGAUGUUGGCGAUAGUGAUGACUGUAACAAUGAUGACGAGUGUGAUGAUGCGUACUGAUUGUCACGGCUGCAAAGUGGAACGAUUCCACCCAUUUGAAUGAGUAUAUACAGAUUUAUGUAUAUUUAUGUGAGGGAGAGAAAAAACGACAGCUUGUAAGCUUUGAUUCUGACUUGCAGCAUAAAAUAAUAUUCCCUGAAUCUGUUUACUAUAAAAUCUUUUAACGUUUAUUUUGGAAUUUUGAAUGUCUAUGCAAAUGCGAAUGUAUUUGUAAAUAAAUGUAUAUGUAUUUCUGA